AUGCGGCUUGGGCUGUGUGUGGUGGCCCUGGUUCUGAGCUGGAUGCAUCUCACCGCCAGCAACCGGGGAAUCAAGGGAAAGAGGCAGAGGCGGAUCAGUCCUGAGGGGAACCAGGCCUGUGCCAAGGGUUGUGAGCUCUGUUCUGAGGUCAACGGCUGCCUCAAGUGCUCGCCCAAGCUGUUUAUCCUGCUGGAGAGGAAUGACAUCCGCCAGGUGGGCAUCUGCUUGCCAUCCUGCCCGCCUGGAUACUUUGAUGCCCGCAAUCCGGACCUGAACAAGUGCAUCAAGUGCAAGAUUGAGCACUGUGAAGCCUGCUUCAGCCACAACUUUUGCACCAAGUGUAAGGAGAGCUUGUACUUACACAAGGGUCGCUGCUACCCAGCCUGUCCCGAGGGCUCCGCAGCUGCCAACGGCACCAUGGAGUGCAGCAGUCCUGCACAAUGUGAAAUGAGUGAGUGGUCCCCAUGGGGACUGUGCUCCAAGAAGAAGAAGCUCUGUGGUUUCCGAAGGGGCUCUGAAGAGCGGACGAGGAGGGUGCUCCAUGCUCCUGCCGGUGACCAUGCCAUCUGCUCCGACACCAAGGAGACUCGCAGGUGCACAGUGCGGAGGAUACCGUGUCCUGAAGGGCAGAAGAGGAGGAAGGGAGGCCAGGGCCGGCGGGAGAACGCCAACAGGAACCUGAACAGGAAGGAGAGCAAGGAGGCUGGCGCUGGCUCCCGGAGACGCAAGGGGCAGCAACAGCAGCAGGAUCAAGGGACAGUGGGGCCAGUCACAUCUUCAGGGCCCACCUAG